GCUCGGGUUACUUAACGAAAGCUAGCUAGGAGUUGUGUUGAGAUUGGAAGCGGAAAGGGAAAGAAGGAAAAAUCCGUGGUGGGAGUGGGAUGCCUUGCGCAAAUUGGAAGAAAGACUUGCCCGAUGUUAUGCGACAAAUGGGUUUUCCGACUCGUGAAAGCGGGGCGUUAUUUUAUUAAUAUCAAGUUAUAGGAAUCGGUUGUUGGUGAGACAUAUUUCAUAAUUAUCAGAAGCGAGCCACGUAACUAGCUACAGUACAGUAGGUAUUGAUAGUUAGCUAGACUAUUAAAAUGGCGGAAGCCUGGCCCAGACCCCCGGCCCUCUUUUUGUUGUUGAGUUUGAGUGCCUGCUGGGAAGUGGAUUCCUGCCCUGCUCCAUGCUCUUGUACGAGGGGAUCAGACGAAAUCCAAAUCCUGGAUUGCAAUAGGAAAAGGUUGUCCGUGGCCCCCCUGGAUCCACCUCACGGGAUUACUCAUCUGUAAGCAGCUCGCCUAGUUAGCUACUACGGCUAGCUAACGUUAGCUAGCACGUUUGUUGACAAGCAACAGUGGGUUUCCCAUGUUCUCUGUGGUGGCUCCUUAGCAAGCCACCUGGCCUUGUUAGCUUGCGAGCUAAGUCUAUAUUAGUUGUUUAACUCACAAGAUACUAGUAUAAAAUCUGGAUGUGAUAAUUUUUGUUUUUCUUGUAAAGAUGCCAACUCAACUGCUACAUCCACUGUAGCGGACUAACUGAAAGGUGGCUAUGGACUUCUCCUGUAACGUUAUGUAAUAAAUAAUGCAAUCUCCUUUUCAGCACUAUGAAUCACAAUGAUCUGACAACUGUUCCAUAUCUUGGAGAAGUUACCUCAAACAUCACAACACUCUUAUUGUAAGUCAAAACUAUUUUAUCCUCCUGUCAGUCUUGCAAGUUGUGCAAUGUGAUUCCUAGAUGUCCUGUAUUAUGAUAGAGAAGUGUCAAAGAAAGGAAUCACUUCUGUCUUCCCUUAGUCAUAGCCUACAUGGUUUGUUUGUGUCAUUACAUGUUCACAUUGAUGGUGUCAUCAUAUAGGUUCAUGUUGAUAAUUAUGUACGUUACUGAUCAUUGUGCACAGGGUCCACAACCUGAUCUCAGAACUGUCGAUGCAUCAGCUGCAGCCAUACAUCUACUUGGAGACACUUGACCUGUCAUCUAACUCUAUCUCAGAGAUCAAGGCUGGAGCCUUCCCACCAAUGCAGCUGAAAUACUUGUGGGUCCUGCCUGUGGCAUUGUUUUCCAACUAUUGUAUACUACUUCUAAUGAGGGAAGAGCUGGUCAUUUCAGUCAUAACCCAGUAUUUGGCCAUAGCCCAGAAGGGUAUUCUACUUUACUUGUUGUCAUUGGUUUGUUCAUUUUGUGUUUCUGCUUCUCUGUCUCCCAGGAAUUUAAGCAAUAACAAGAUCAGUAUCCUUGAACCUGGCUGCUUUGACAACAUUUCCAGCUCCCUGCUGGUCCUGAAGCUGAACAGGAACAGAAUAACAAUGCUGCCGUACAAAGUAUUCAGGCUUCCCCAGCUGCAGUUUCUGUAAGUCAAUGUUCAUCUUUAGUCAAUAUAUUCCCAUAGUAAUUAUGAGCAGUUAAAUACAUUUUCUAACAAAAGUUUGCAUUCAUGACAGAAUUUGUAUGUUUCACAGAUUCAAUGUUGCACUGUUUUCGAGUAGUUAAAACAAAUGGUUCUAAACUGCCUGUCUGACUACCCUAGGGAAUUAAAGCGCAACAAGAUCAAGAUAGUGGACAGCCUGACCUUCAAAGGGAUGGACUUACUGAAAUCACUGAAGAUGCAGCGGAAUGGCAUAACUAAGCUGAUGGACGGUGCUUUCUUUGGGCUGAACAACAUGGAGGAGCUGUGAGUUAUUUUGCCUUAUUGUCUUGUAUUAGAAAGUUCAUUACAGUAUGUGUUUAUAUGCAAUUAGGACUAGGAGGUGUGAUAUCCUGUCUUUUUAAUACCUCAACCUUUGUUUUCUAAUAUAUUCAGAGAGCUGGAGCACAACAACUUGACGGAGGUCAACAAAGGCUGGCUGUAUGGCCUGCGCAUGCUGCGUGUCCUGCGGAUCAGCCAGAACGCCAUCGGCAUCAUCCGACCAGACGCCUGGGAGUUCUGCCAAAAUCUGGAGGAACUGUGAGUGUUUUCUUCCUAACCCCAUCCCCACUUUUCUCACACUAGUACAAGACGGGAGUGCAUCUGCACUAGUUUUGCAUAAGAGCAAUUUUAACCCCUUUUAUAAAGCUGAAGGACCAGUAUAUAGUUGGGACUUGGGGAGGGUGUAUUGCAGAUAAUUUAUGUUGCACAUGUAUUUAUGCUAAUUCGUAAGGGGCCCGGAUGUUUUAGUACAGUGUGAUUGCACAAGACCAUUGUCCAAGCUUGUCUCCUGUGGAUGUCCUCCUCAGGGAUCUGUCCUUCAACCACCUGACCCGGCUGGAGGAGACUGCGUUCAGUGGACUGGGUCUUCUGGAGAACCUGAACCUGGGAGAUAACUCGGUCAGUCACCUGGGAGAGGGAGUCUUCAGCAGCUUGGCCAAUCUGCACUCACUGUAAGGACGUCACACCACAGUAUUAAAAACCUGUGCCUUUCAUUCACUCAUUAUACAUUCACAUAACACAAUAAACACUAACAUGUUUUUGGCACCUCUGCAUUCUGAUGAAGGCUGCAAACUACAGUAGGUUUGUGUUUUUUUAUAUUUGUUGAUUUGUCCUGUCUUUGUUUUGUUGAUUAGUCUAUUAGACUUUUGUAAGGUAAACCACUAAACUGUAGUAUAGUAACUAGCACCUUCAUGUUCUCAUCAUCAUGUCUUUGCCUGUAGUAUAGAACCACUCUUUCCAUUGCUUAGUUGGACUGUGUAGUGUUUAAUGCAAUAAUGACAAACAUAGACUACGCAUAAUUGUUCUUAAAGACCUCUGAGGCAGGAAGAAUAAUGUUGAGUACCGAAUAAAUAGUGAAUGUGGCCUCCGGCCAGAAGAUUGGCUCAAUUAACCAAAUACUUUCCAAAAUCGCUCUGGGAAGAGGAGAAGGGGCACUAACACAAUUGACGUGCUGAGUUCCAAAGAAGGCAUUGGGCUACAAAGAGAGAAAGUCAGGGCUCGGGGUCAGCACACCUCCCUGGGCCCUCCGUGGCAGGGGGAAUUAGAGGGUUCAGGCCCUUUGAGAGCCACCCAGGCAUGUGGAAGGAGAAACAAAAGCGCGCAUGACCCGUCCUGUGAACACAAGCCCUCUGCAGGUUUUAGAAGGAGCCGUGAACCGUUAAAUGCUAAACGCAGCCAAUUAAUCCCCUCAUCAGAACUGCAGGAGUACUGAGCUAUGACACUCUGUAAAGUAUGCCGCUUUACAUUUGCCAAGUGAAUGAAAUUGGUUUAGACACACAGAGCAGAAAUUAACUUCUCUCUCACCAAGCAAUGAGGCUCAGGGUGAGCUUUGUGCUUCUUAUUCUGGGGAAAGUAUUUUUUCUUACAUACAGUAUUUCUGUUUGCAUUUCAGAGACAUACGGAAUAAUGAGAUCUCUUGGGCCAUUGAGGACUCCAUUGGUGUGUUUGUUGGAAUGAAGAAGCUGAACACAUUGUAAGGGCAUUCUGCAUAAUAUAUAUUAAUGUUGUUGCUAUGGAUACUGAUAUCAGCAGUAUAUUUGUAGGCAUAUUUAAUCUGAGACUGUUUAUCCCCCAGGAUUCUCCAGCGGAACAAGAUCAAAUCUAUCACAAAGAAGGCCUUUGAAGGUCUGGAGGAACUAGAGCACCUGUAAGUACCUCUAUAGCAAACCCACUCUGAGAGAUGGUUGGUCUCCAUUAACAGACAGCUAUCACUUCAAGCCCGAGACAGGAGAUGGUUCUGAUUACCCCAGUGCAGCUGUUUUAUUGCGCUAGUAUCAUAGGAAACCACUUUGAUAAUGUCAUGAUGCUAGCGCAGCACUUCAUUUAUAUUUAUUUUCUCCAACAGAGACCUGAGCAAGAAUGGGAUCAUGUCCAUCCACCCUGAUUCUUUGUCUCACAUGAAGCUGAAAGUCUUGUAAGUAGGACCUACUAAUGUCUGAGGUGGUGGUCCUGAGUUCUUGUAGCAGAGGUUACAAUAUUUAUUUCAUAUAGAAUACAAUUACAAAUUGAAGAAUGCUUUAAUAAUUUCAUAUUGUUGUGGCUGUGUGUCCUGUCCUCAGUGUCCUGAACACUAGCAGCCUGCUGUGUGACUGCCAGCUGCAGUGGCUGGGCCCGUGGUUGACUGACAACCACUUCCUGCAGUCUGUCUCAGCUAUGUGUGCCCACCCUGCCAGCCUGCUGGGCCGCAACGUCCUGUCUGUCAGCCUGGAGGAGCUUGUCUGUGGUUAGUCACCUAGCUACCUACCCUGCUGUAUUUAGUCUGGGCCAGAUCUUACUAACCAGGUUUCCAUCCAUCCUUUCUAUAUGAGUAAAGUAAAUGUCAAAUAAAAAAUGUCACAACAGACCUGAUGGAAACAUCACAUUUGUGUGAUCUUUUUGUCGGUAAAAUUAAUCAUGCGAGAAAUGGAGGUGGAAACGCUUUUAUACGCAAAUAUUGAUAUAAUAACCAUCAUUUGGAAGUAAACUUAGAGUUACGUGAUGACAUGUUGUGUGGUCCUCCCACUACGACUCGAAAGUAUGCCGUUUACUAGGCUACAGAUUAAAUAAGUAAUGAUGAACUUCACAGGGUGGUGAAAGUGCACGGUGACGAGCUUGAUGCUCCUUUCCAAUAAAUACUGAGGGUUUUAUUCAUGAUGAUCGAUGCUUGGCUGCCGUUUGACAAAUAGAAAUGAUCACGCUCUUUUGUCCAUAAUAAUCUCAUGUAGGCUACACCCGCACUGUAUCUGUGAGCUGUUGGUUGCACGUGCCAAGACCAGAGUAGGCACAUUCUCUAUAUAAAACCAUCAGUAGAGUUGAAAAUGCGAUGGAAACACAUUUAACUUGUAUUUUGUAUUCGGUACAUGGGAAUUUAACCGUAAAAGUGAUUGUAUGUGCACUAUGUUAUCACGCACAGUCUUUUAUCUGCAACAAGCCAAUUUGAUGGAAACACGUCUUGUGGGAAAAUGCGCAUAUUGUUUUGAAUAUUCACCUGAAAAUCUGUCGCCAGUUGGAUGGAAACUUAGCUACUGACUGGGACAAUUAUCACACAACGUGUCUCAGAACCUUUCUUUAAUUUUUUUUUAUUAACUCAUGGCCCUCUCCCUCCACUCUUUCCCACAGAUUAUUUCCCGAAGCCCCGGAUCACUGAGCACCCUGAGACUGCCACCGCCCUGCGUGGGACCAACGUGACUCUGAGCUGCCUGGCGUCCAGCAGCAGUGACUCCCCCAUGACCACGGCCUGGAGGAAGGACGGGGAGGUGCUGUACGAGGCAGAGAUGCAGAACUACGCCCGCUACCAGGAGGGAGAGUUGGUCUACACCACCGUGCUGCACCUGCUCAACGUCAACUUCACAGACGAGGGACGCUACCAGUGUGUAGUCUCCAACCAUUUUGGUGCCAACUACUCCAACCGGGCCAAGCUCACAGUCAAUGGUGAGGGGGCUUUAAAGUUUCUCUUAAAAAGUUUAAGGCGUUUUUUCUAUACAUUUACGAACUGUUAUCAUGUUUCUUGGUUGGCAUUGAGCUAAGUUUGAGCUGGCAUGGUUGGGCUUACAUAUCAAGGCAUUGCAAUCUUCAACCUUUUUUUCCUACUUUCCUCUCUCAGAGCUACCGUCCUUCCUGAAGAUACCCAUGGAUCUGACCAUCCGUACAGGCACCAUGGCCAGACUGGAGUGUGCCGCCGAGGGCCACCCCUCACCCCAGAUUGCCUGGCAGAAAGACGGGGGCACAGACUUCCCUGCUGCCCGGGAGAGGAGGAUGCACGUAAUGCCUGACGAUGACAUCUUCUUCAUUGCCAAUGUAAAGACUGAGGACAUGGGGGUGUACAGCUGCACAGCCCAGAAUGCUGCAGGAAGCCUGUCAGCCAACGCUACACUCACUGUGCUAGGUGAACUGCCACUUAGAGUAUCUCUUUAUCAAUUAUCAGGUCAAUACAUACAGUUUUAUAUAAUGUGUUCAUAAUUGGAUUGCUGAUUGUUAAAUGUGAACUUAAAUGUAAAUCUCUCUCCUCCCAGAAACGCCGUCAUUAAUGCGUCCUCUGGAGGACAGGAUGGUAGCUCGUGGGGAGACGGCGGUGCUCCAGUGUAUAGCAGGAGGCAGCCCUGCGCCCCGUCUCAACUGGACCAAGGACGACGGGCCCCUGGUCCUCACAGAGCGUCACUUCUUCGCUGCCGCCAACCAGCUACUCAUCAUUGUGGAUGCGGGGCCGGCGGACACCGGGAAGUACACAUGCAUCAUGUCCAACACGCUGGGCACUGAACGCGGCCACAUCUACCUCAGCGUGUCGCCAUCGCCCAACUGUGACACGGCCGGCGGCUACGACCAGGACGGCUGGACCACGGUGGGCAUCGUGGUGAUCGUGGUGGUCUGCUGCGUGGUGGGCACCUCGCUGGUCUGGGUCUUCGUCAUCUACCACAUGCGACGGAAGAGCGAGGACUACAGUAUAACCAACACAGAUGAGCUGAACCUGCCGGCGGACAUCCCCAGCUACCUGUCCUCUCAGCGCACGCUGUCGGAGCCUCAGGAGGGAUACAGCAACUCUGAAGCAGGGAGCCACCAGCAGCUCAUGCCACCACUGUCCAAUGGCUAUGUCCACAAGGGCACUGACGGUAACCUUACUAUAUUGACUUCCUAGAUUCACCCUCUGUCUCCUUCAUCGGAGGCCCUUUGACAUGACAAUGUUUUUUCUGUUUUUGUACUUACUAAAGAUGGUUUGCUCAAAUUUUGAUUGACUGGUAAACUAUUGCCCCUGACUGGUGAAAGAAAGAUGAGUCCCCAUCCUGUUUGUGUUAUGUCCAGGUGUGUGUUAUGGUGACACAGGCAGCGAGGUGGACACCGAGGCCAACGGGAUGCUACACUGCCACGUGGGCUCUCUGUUUACGGGACGGAGCAGCUUCCAUCCUGGGGAGCCCCGCGAGGGACUGGCUGGGGUGCCUACAGGUGGGUUUAGUCAUUAGAACCAACCAACCAACCAACCAACCAACAAAACUCGAUCUUCUAAACAACACUUUUACAGCACAGUUUGUUGAAAGGUCUCCAUCAGAUAGUAGGGAUUUGUUUCAGAGUAAGAGUAUGUAGUUGACUGUCCUCAACAGGUGGUGCAGGGCCGCUGGUCAUCUGCUCGGACUGCUACGACAACGCUAACAUCUACUCUCGAACCCGGGAGUACUGCCCCUACGCCUACCUGGCCGAGGAUGACCCCCUGGACAAGGGUCUCUCUGGCAUCAUGACCCACCUCCCCAAGGAGCCCUACAGGGAGCAGCACGCCCAGCAUGAGGACACAGCCCUGGAGAGCCUCAUCAACAACCAGGACUCCUCAGUCUUCCUCACCAGCCACGACCUUACCAAGAGGCUGAGCACAGCCCUCAGCCCCCCAGAACAACACUACAGCACCGGUGAGAGACCAGCUACAGACAAGCUAUCUGACCUCCGUGGCAUGCAUGUCAACAAUGAGCUCACAGAGAUCUGUUUAGGCAGUGAUUUCACAGACUGGUUAUCUAACAGUGACCUCAGACAUACUGUGAACUGACAGACAUUCAUUUUAUAUUAGGAGCUCAGACACUAGUUUUAACAGUCAGUUUUCUGGCACAGUCUAAUCUAUGAGCUCCUAUGGAUGCAAACCCUUUUUGUUGAGUAAUAAUGUAUGUUUGGUCUCUCUGCAGAUGUUCCCUCCAGGUCGUUUUGGGGCAAAGGAGAGGACUUGUCUACAGUGCCCCAACCAGGUCUGUCUCAGCAGCCUGUGAAUGUGCACAAGACUCCCCACGUGUCUUCAGUUGGUGUGGGGGGAGAGGAGAGGAGUGGAGAGGGGGAUGCCUCCCUUUCCCAGAGCACACAGGACCACAGAAGUGCCUCUUAUAGGACUAAGCCUCAAGAGCACACCCACUCCCCCACAUAA